AUGGCAUCUACAGCUCGAAUCGCUGCAACCCUCGGGUUGAACUUGUUUUCCUCCCUUUCAAUAGUUUUCGUUAACAAGUGGUUGUUCCUUUACAACAAGUUCCCUUCAAUUACUCUCACUCUCAUUAAUUUCGUCGGGACAUCCUUUGGGCUUUAUGUUUGCCUAGGUUUAGGCCUCUUCAAGAGGAAAACUGUCCAUGUUCGCGACGUCCUGCCCUUGGCAGCAAGCUUUUGUGGCUUCGUCGUUUUCACAAACCUUUCCCUUAAAUACAAUACGGUCGGAACUUACCAGCUUCUUAAAGUUCUCACUUCGCCAGUUAUACUUUUACUCAAUUAUCAAUGGUUUGACAAAAUACCAUCGAGAUUCGUUGUGCUUUCCCUUUUGCCGAUUUUUCUUGGUGUUACAUUGAACUCAAUAUUCGACCUCCAGUUUUCGCCUAUCGGAACGUUCAUGGCACUUCUUGGUGUAGGUACUACUGCUAUGUACCAGAUUCUCGUCGGGCAUAAACAGAAAGAGCUGGCUCUCGAUUCGAUGCAGCUGCUAUCAUAUCAAGCGCCUCUAUCCUCAGUUAUGUUGCUCUGCGUCUUGCCGUUUUUGGAGCCUCCCUUUGCAGAGGGUGGGCUCUUCGCAAUCGAUUUGUCACUAGAAGGAUUCCUGCUUGUUUGUCUUUCGACGAGUGCCGCCUUUCUGGUAAACUUCACGAUCUACUGGAUCAUUGGCAACACGAGUCCUAUCACGUACAACUUCUUCGGGCACUUCAAAUUCUGCGCGACGAUGAUUGGCGGCGUCCUGAUCUUCAACGACGAGCUACAGACCAACCAAUACAUCGGAAUCAUGCUGACCCUAAUCGGAGUAUUUUCUUAUUCGCACCUAAAGAUGAAAGAACGCAACCAAAACACGCCUUUGAGAUCAAACAAGAUUGAACUGAAACCUUAA